GCUGCCUCUGCUGCUAUCAUCUGUGUCGCUACUGCUGUUGCUUUUUGUUGUUGUUUGUUUGUGUGUGUUGUACAGGGUGAUGUUGGAGGUGACAUUGGCUCACAUUAUGUGACAUUUGUCUUCUGCAUUUUCUUCUGGGAGUUACUGCCCACGGUGGCUAUUAUCUUCUUCUUCCGUAUUCGACAGACGUCUCUCCCACCGCCGUCCCCGUCAUCACCAACCCCAGCACAUGAUGCAGCACAAGCGCGUUUCUUUGACAAUCCAAAGCGCUAUGAUAGUGACGCAGAUGAAGACUUGCCUGGACCGUUGCCUCCGUUUGGUUUCAAUGCCAAUCCCUCUACACCAGCCAUACAUCCUGUGUAUGGAAGUACCAACUCUAUUGUCCAGUCCAGUCUGCCAUCACCUGCUUACGGUGGUGGUGGUGGUGGUGGUGGUGGCAGUGGUGCAUCUUCCCUGCAGAAUGGUAACACUACAACAUCGUCGUAUGAAUAUCGUAUAGGCUCCGGUCCAGGAUAUUACUAUAGUGAGCGCAGUGAACGUACAUAGCUGCACAGUGCCAUAGCUGCACAGUGCCAUAGCUGCACAGUGCCAUAGCUACACUGGGCCAUAGGCUAUUAGCUACACAGUGUCGUAGCUACACUGGGCCAUAGCUACAAUAUGCUCAGUAUCAUGGGCAAGUGAACACUUGAGCGUGCACAGUACAUGCACGAAGCAGCCGGUCAUGCUCUUGAGGUGUACCCCUUAUGUCAGGGUAUGUUUUCCAGCAGCACCAACACUAGCUCCAUCAUGUAUCAGUAAUCCUGCAAUGUGGAUUAUGCCAUGCUGUAUUGGCAUGUGCAAUGUACUGAUGUUGAGCACGACCCUUUUGACAUUACGCCCACUGGCACUAAGCUCUACAAUGUGCUGUACCUGUUCCUCACAUUGGUCAUUGUGAUACUCGACUACAGCAAUACUAACUACAUCAUUGUAUAGCAACAGCAGCAGCAGCAGCGGGCCAUUGUACAUCUGUACGUUCCAGCUCUUCCAGCACUUGUUCUGUGCUGAAUAAUUUUUUCCCCAUACUCCAUGAUUUGAAGAUAGCUCCGCGUCAUGUUACUUACAUACCCAGGUAUACGGAGAUAUGCCGUUUGAUUUUGCACACGCAUACGGAGAUAUGCCGUUUGAUUUUGCACACGCAUACGGAGAUAUGCCGUUUGAUUUCUCACACGCACACACACUAUAGUUGUAUCAGUGCUUCUCUCUAUUUAGUCAUGUAGUGUACACGGUUUCCAUGGUUACUAUGUCCGCCGUGCUUUUCGGAAACCUUACUUUUACCUAGUCACUUGAAGCUUUGAAAAACUGUUUAGAAGUGUUACGCUGUUCUAGCAUUGCGGGAGUUGUCAGUAGUGCACCAUCACUGCCAUUGCUACUGCCAUUAGUUCGGCUACUGCUAGUCUAGCAGUAGCCGAACUAAUGGCAGAGUCGACGUCCCGUCCAACUCUGCUUUUGUGAGUUUCUCUCUUGAUUUAUCUGGUGGUGUGCUUGAGUUGACAUACUGCACGCACCGCCUAGCUGUAUGUACGUAUGUUCAUGAUUGCUGGUUUGAAUAUUGAUCCCUGAUUGG